ACCGUCGCAGUGCACGGCCUCGGUGGGAAUCGCCUCUGUAGACCUCUCAUACACGCUCUCGGCCCGGAUGGAGGGAGCGUGACGAAACCGUCUCCAAGAUUUAGAGCGAAUUCAAAGAGUGAUGAUGAAAUUUUAGAUUUUAGGGCUUUACAAAGAAAUCGAUUUAAAAAUAUUGUUGAUUAA